AUGCCUCGCCAAUUCCCCAAGGUAACUCUGAGUGAGUCUGAGGAGGAGACCCAACUCCUGGCAGAGAAGGUGUAUGCAUCAGCUCUAAAAGAAGAAGACAAUAAGGAGGCUUUGUCCUUGUUCACGGUUCCUGAGGACUGCCCCAUCGGCCUCCAACAAGCCAAAGAGCAUGAACUGCUUAAGGAGCUGGCAGAGCAGCAGUCUGAGGAGAGCAGCAAGAGGAGGAAAAGCCUAAAGAUUAUUCGCUCCAAGUCCAUGUCCUUGCAGGUCCCAAUCAAUUCAGAUUGGAAUUGGCCAGGGGCUCUUUCCCCAUUCCAGUCACCCAGCUGCAGCUCACUGUGCUCAUCGUUACAAGAAUACUGCCCUGACUACCAAAGGGUCACAAUCAGUGGUGAUUACUGCGCAGGAAUCCCAGUGGAAGACUAUGAGCUGGCGGCCAAAAGUCUACUCAAGGCAUUGCUCAUCCGUGAGAAAUAUUCUAGGUUAGCAUAUCAUAGAUUCUGCAGAACCACAGCCCAGUUCCUUCGCCGGGCAGAAAAUCUGAGUUGGUGUGAAGAGGAUGAAGUUCAACCAGAUAUGUGCCCGUGUCCAACACAAGGUGAGGAUCCUUACAGUAUGGAAAACAUCCCAGAGAACCUGACCUAUGAACUGCAGAUGAAGGAUGGAAUAAUACAUGUGUAUGACAGCGCUGAUGCUCUCAGAGCAAAUCGUCCACUUGAUCUUCCUUAUCCAGACCUAGAGACGUUUGCAAUAGAUCUCAGCCACGUGCUGGCAAUGAUUGCAGAUGGACCCACAAAAACGUACUGCCACAGACGACUGAAUUUCUUGAGUUCUAAGUUCCACCUUCAUGAGAUGCUCAAUGAGAUGGCUGAGCUCAAAGAACUAAAAGGUGUACCUCACAGAGAUUUCUACAACGUCAGAAAGGUGGAUACACACAUCCAUGCAGCUGCAUGCAUGUCUCAGAAGCACUUGUUGACCUUCAUACAGAAAACAUGCAACACAGAUUCAGACCGUGUGGUUAUGGAAAAGGCUGGUCAGAAGAUCACUCUCCAACAGGUGUUCCACAGUCUCAACAUGGACCCCUACGACCUUACUGUGGACUCCCUGGAUGUACAUGCUGGGAGGCAAACAUUCCACCGUUUUGAUAAAUUCAAUUCCAAGUACAACCCAGUUGGAGCCAGUGAACUCAGAGAAAUCUUCCUAAAAAUCGACAACCUCCUCAACGGCGAGUAUUUUGCACACAUUAUUAAGGAAGUAUCCCACGACUUGGAGGAGAGUAAAUACCAGCAUGCGGAACCACGCCUGUCUAUUUAUGGACGCUCGCCAGAGGAGUGGCAAAGUCUGGCUAAGUGGUUUAUCCUUCACAAAGUGCACUCUCCCAACAUGAGAUGGAUCAUUCAAGUGCCAAGAAUAUAUGACAUAUUUAAGUCAAAGAAGUUGGUGCCCAAUUUUGCCAAGAUGUUAGAGAACAUAUUCCUUCCUCUCUUCAAGGCAACUCUUCACCCACAGGAUAACAAAGAGCUCCAUGUGUUCCUCAAAUAUGUGUCAGGCUUUGACAGUGUAGAUGAUGAGUCCAAACACAGUGAUCACAUGUUCUCAUUCAGGAGCCCCAAACCUGAAGAGUGGACUGGAGAUGACAACCCUCCGUACAGCUACUAUCUCUUCCACAUGUAUGCAAACAUCAUGGUGCUCAACAAUCUCAGAAAAGAGCAUGGCCUGAGCACCUUCCAGUUCCGCCCACACUGUGGAGAAGCUGGAUCAAUCACACAUUUGGUGUCGGCCUUCCUCACCGCAGACAACAUCUCACAUGGACUCAACUUGAAGAAGAGCCCCGUGCUUCAGUAUCUGUACUACUUGGCCCAAGUACCCAUUGCAAUGUCUCCACUGAGCAACAACAGCCUGUUCCUGGAAUACUCCAAGAACCCUUUGCGAGAGUUCUUGCACAAGGGCCUCUGUGUGUCCUUAUCUACAGAUGACCCCAUGCAGUUCCACUACACCAAGGAGCCGCUGAUGGAGGAGUACGCUAUAGCUGCUCAGCUGUGGAAGCUCAGCACAUGUGACGUGUGUGAAAUCGCCAGAAACAGUGUGCUGCAAAGUGGACUGUCUGACCAGGAAAAAAAACACUUCAUAGGAGUUAACUAUCUUAAAGACGGACCCGAGGGUAACGACAUCCGCCGCACCAACGUGGCCCAGAUCCGCAUUGCCUACAGACACGAGACUCUGUGCAAUGAACUCAGCUUUCUUGUGGACGCUGUCAAGUCUGAAGCAAUGAACUCUGCGGUGUGAAUACGUCCAAUAACUCAUAUACAUUGUUUAUUAAGCGCCAUUAUCUGCAAUGCAAUCAAAGAAAUAUGCUGUCAUAUGAUCUCAAGCUGGCAAGAAGAAAACUUUGCAAAGUAUGAGACAAGCCUCCCCAGCCAGGAGGUGUGCUGACCAGGUCAAACGUGUGCACACAGAGUGUGUACGUGUCAGUGAAACAGAUAUGUCCUUUACUGUUCACACAAGGCACACAAAGGAAUCUGCUGAGCAAGCUUUGCACACAUUCAUUUUAGACAAAUGUGAUUGCACAAAUACACAAUGUCUUGUUUGUCCUUAAACCGUCACUUAUUGCAAGUACAGUACUUGAAGUAUCGAAGCCAAGGGGCUCCGUCUUUUGUAGAGCUACUUUGACAAAAACAAAUAGCUGUAGUAUUUAUGCGACUGGCAACAUUUAAAUAGUACUUUAUUUAUGAUUUAUGUUUCCACCCAUACAGUGCAAUCAUUCUUUUAAUGCUAUUUUUUUUGCUAAUCUGUCUAAAUUGAAUAGCAAUUAAAAUUGUAUUUGACCCUUUACUGGGUUACUCAAAAUCAGGUGGAAAGGUACAGCUGUUGGAGAGCCCUGAUUUAAACAAUUACAAUCAGUUCACAUGCAUUCAAUAGACAAGUGCAAUUAAAAAAAUAUGGUGGUGCAAAAUCACAUGAUAUCACACUUGGUAAAAACAACCAACUCAUCAGUCGAGACGCCAUUAUUUUAGUUUAGCCAUUCAUCUUCCGUGUUGUCCUGUCGUCUUUCUCUGCGAUCUUCACACUCGUCCACUCUUGGGUCUCUACGUAGUCCCCCUCUUGGUUUGGCUCACCUCUCCGAAAGCUCCUCUUUCUGUUCACAAUCACAACAAUGACAUCGUAUUAUACAACAUUAUGACCACAUAUACAAUCAAAUACAGGAUUUGUAUUGGAAUGCUUGACAAAUUUCAGUUUUGAUUGACACUGUCUCAAAGUUAUUAACCAUAUUUGCUGGUGUCAUGGUGAUUGGAGAAGUUUUUUUUCGUUUUUUUUUACAUGAGGCAAAUUAAGUACUAAAACCUGUGAUAUAUUAGGAACUGGAUUAACAAAAAUAAGUAUUUUUGACCUUUAUUUCGUAUACAGUACAAAGUAUAAUUUUUGCUUAGAAGUCCCAUUUUGCAGUGCAUAAUGUCUGUCCAAUUGUAUUUCUGUUCAUGUUUUGUUGCCAUCCAAUUCCUGUCAAAUAAAACUUACAUUUUGAAGUAUGCAAAGACGGCAAUUGCGAGCAGGAGGACAGCACACAUUGAGGUGAUGAGCACUACUUUUCCUGCAACAGUCAAAUAUCACAUGUCAGAAUUUGAUGAAUACAAAGUGAAAACAACGUUGUUGAUAUCAUGGAGAAAAGAGUGGCAUACCUCUCCCGGAGCUUUGUUCAUCCCCGACUACACGAGCCAGCUCUGCCCCAUCCAAGCUGUCCAACAACGAGAGGUCCGAAGACAAAGAUAGGUUGACAAUAUUGAGCAAGGGAGCAAGAGUGGGAUUCUGAAGGGACUCAGAAAUCAAAGUCAUCAUUUCUUUCUCUGGCUCAGCCUCCUUAUCUGUGCAGGUAAAAAAAUAAUAAUAAUAAAGAUAAUAUACAAUAUGACUGGUAUACAUUACACUAUU